UCUCAUCUCUCAUUUCAUUCCUGUCUUUGGUUGGACAAGUGCCUGACACACACAUGCACGCACAUGGAAUGACGAUGAUAUUACAUACAGUCAAAUGCAAAACUGGCCCGUCAACAGCUUGAAUGAACAUUUUGACAAUUUGCACACUGAAGAGCACGUCUGCAAGAAUUGGAUCAAGGAUGUGCUGAGGCCUAAAAGGGAUUCUGAGGGCAUAACGCCACAAGGAAGACAUUAUUGCUGAUUUUAAAUUGAGGAAUCACGUCUUGGUACAGAAUGUCAGACUCUCCAAUGUUUUCACCCAGCAAGGACGAGUCUCAAACCUCGUCCCCUCAGCGCAAACUUCACACAUCACAGGAGCACCUUGGGACCUCCUGCCAGCAGUUUGCAGAAUCACAGACAACUCAUUGCACAGAUGUCUGCUUUACCCAGCAAGCCAGACCCCCCCUCACCUCGAGGCACGCACCUGUGAGCAGCAAGCACAGCGUAGAAGGGAUGGGACGACAGGGCAUGGUCGACGCAUGUCGUUUCCAUCCGUACCAGCGCCAGCUCAGCGAGGGUACGGUGACAAAUGCAGUUUGUCUUGAGGCUGGUUCCUCUCCCUUUCGCAGCCUGCAGGAGAUUUGCAGCCCUCAGAUGUGCUGCAUCACACUUGGACCAAACAGCGAGGCGCAAACGCUAUGGGACCAAUCCACCUACAAUGGCCAGGUUGCGACAUGGCCGUAUGCUACUGAGGCGCAUUCCAACAAGCCAAAUUAUUCUGUUCAGAGUCUCUCAUCUCAAAUUCAUCAGAGGAACAACUCACAGCCGCUCUUCCCCAAACCCAUUUACUCAUACAGCAUUCUCAUCUUCAUGGCUCUGAAAAACAGUGAAACAGGGAGCCUGCCCGUCAGUGAGAUCUACAGCUUCAUGACUGAAAACUUCCCCUAUUUUAAGACAGCCCCUGAUGGGUGGAAGAACUCUGUGCGCCACAACCUUUCCCUGAACAAAUGCUUUGAGAAGUUAGAGGGCAAAAAUGGGAACUCGUCUCGCAAAGGUUGUCUGUGGGGUCUCAAUCCUGCCAAGGUGGAGAAAAUGCAGGAGGAGUUGCACAAGUGGCGCCGCAAAGAUCCCGUCAGCGUAUGCAGGAGCAUGGCGAGACCAGAGGACCUAGACCAUCUCAUCGGACAGAUGCCCGAGAAGCUCCAAUCGACGGCGCCAUACGCAAGACAUGCCAGUGUCUCUCGGCAACCACCAAGCAGAGCUAGUCGACAUCCACAGUAUUCACGUGCUCCUCCAGCCUCACAGCAGUCCUCUUUCCUCUCAUUCACCGACAUCCAUUUUAGCGACUCAAUGACCCUGCACUCCCCAUGUGAUGAGCAGCACACAGCAGACGUCCAUCCUGGGAGUGUGAACUUAAUUGCGACUGGGAGGCUGCCACCGGCCUACAGUGCCACCUACCAGGACGACUUCAAUGUCGGUCUAAGAAGCCUGCAGGACUUGCAAUUAGAGGGAGAUACUUAUGAUGUAGAUGUACUCAACCCCAGCCUGACCGAUCUUCAGUUGAAAGGUAACCUGUGGGAGGAGUUGCAAAAAGACAGCCUGGUGUCGCAUCUGCAAACAACCCCCACGACCGUGUCCAUCACCUCCGGCUUGCAGGCAUCCUGUGUCCAUCCCGGCUGUGUAGACGACAUUCUGCCCGUCAGUGAGACCUCAGCGGUAGUGCCGUUUGAUGGCUGUAAAAUAGAGUUUGAUGACACAUCAAGUGAACCGAGCUUGAAACGUGACUGUUCAAGCCGUUGGCAUCCUGAUGUUUACUCAGCAGACAAUUUGCCGGGGUAUUUGACCUGCUGCACCACAUCCUUGGUGUAAGUAGGCCAUGUAACUGUCCACACCUUGAUAACCGACAGAUCCUUGACACACGACUGUGAUUUGAAUGAGCGUUACGGUAGCAAGUGGCUUCAUCAUUGGAUUUGUGAUACAUGAAGCCCUCAAAUCCUUGUUUUUCCUGUUUUUUU